CCUACUUCGUAUGAAUUUCCGCAGGAUUGCGACCAUGGCGUCCGCAGAACAUGAUGUGGCCCCUUCUCCUGCCGCCGCACCUCCACUGGAUAUAUCUCCGAUGAAAAACAAGAAGUGGAUGUAUGUAGAUACCUCAGGAGGACAAAAAGGACCCAUGGACGAAGCUGUGUUGAAGAGAUUACUUCGUCGUGGCCUCGUCCAAGGCGAUACGUUCGUGUGGUCGCCAGAGCUAGCCAUGGCAGAAUGGAAAAUGGCCAAGGACGUCCCUCUGUUCACGCCCGUGUGUGUAUUGUGGCAAAAAAUCCCUCAGUGGCACUACUUUGACCACUUGAAAGUGCAGCAAGGGCCGAUCACAACGGCGGAGCUCGUGGCAAAAUUUGAGGACGGCAACAUCGACGGGUUGACCCUCGUCUGGAGCUCGUGCCAAGUCGUUGCAACAUGGACCCCACUGGGAGAAGUGAGCGUCCUGAAGGAAGAACUACUUGAGAUCAACCUCGAACGCGAAAAGGAAGAGGCGAUCUUGGCGACCAAGGAAGCGAUCGACCCAAAGCUUCAGACAUUCCAUGACGACACGACUUCCGGAACGCGCGCGAUUGUUGCUGAAGACGGCAAAGAGUUUAUUUACGACAGCGAAACACGCAAAUGGGUCACUCCAGAGGACAAAAUUCUCGAGGAACUGGAAGACUUGGCGGAACUUCGCGACGAGGCUGCCAAGACGCCUUCAGCUGCCGUCCAGUCCGUAGCAGCCAGUCGCCCCAUCGAAGAAGGAGUUCCAGCCGAACAGACGGCCAAGAAAGACGGAGGCAUGGUCGACCCAACAACUCCCACUACCCCGGCCGCCACCACGACCAAUGGAAACCCGAAGAAACGUAAAAAGUCAAAGUCAAAAAAGGCAAAAUGGACUGCAUCCAAGUACAAGACGUGGGUGUACAUCAAUGGUCUACCUCUGGACAUCACUGUCCAAGAAGUACAUGACCAUUUUGUCAAGUGCGGCGUGAUCCAGAAGGAUUUGCACACGGACGAGCCCAAAAUCAAGUUGUACCGGAACAAAGACACGGGAAAGCUCAACGGAGAUGGCGCGGUGUGCUACAUGAAAGAACCAUCGGUGGAACUGGCGCUGCAGCUUCUCGAUAAGUCGGACAUUCGACCCAAGUGUCCCAUUGACGUGUCGGUCGCCGUGUUCAACCAGAAAGGCGACGAAUUCGUCGAGCGAAAGCGGACCAAGCUCGACAACCGCGCCAAAGUCAAAAAGUUCGAGCAGGAAAAGGCCUUGUCGUGGGGUGCCGGCGGCGACGAACAGUUUCGCAUUGUUGUGCUCAAGCACAUGUUCAAAGUCGAAGACUUUGCAGACAAAAUCGAAGGCGACGAGCUCAAGGACGACAUCAAGAAGGAAUGCGAGACGCUGGGCGAGAUUGCGAAAAUCACGUUUUUUGAAACGCAUCCACUGGGGGUGGUCAUCGUCAAGUACCACGACGCCGAAAGCGCCGAAGCGUGCAUUGAAAAGAUGAACAAGCGAUGGUUUGCCGGGCAACGCAUCGAAUGCGGGUACUGGGACGGCACCAACUAUGUGAUCAAAGAGUCGGAAGUCGAAGAAGCCGCGCGGACCGAAGCGUUUGGGCAAUGGCUCGAAGAAGGGUCGAGCUCGGACGAGAGCGACCACGACGAUGACGCAGGACACAUCCAUGCAGGCCGACGGGUCUUGCCAGAUUCCGACGAUGACGACGACCAAGUACCGACACGUUCGGGCAACCAAGUCCACGCCGGCCGGGUGCUGCCCGACUUGGACGACGAUUGAUCAAUGUAGCCUCGUAUGUUUACC